CUCUGAAGAUUGCAAGAUUCUCAUUCGCUUCCAUCACUUUUCUUUACAUCUGCAGGUAUUUCCAGAUGGGUGCCAUCACAAUCUACGAUUCCUUCUUGCGGGUCCAUGUCCAAUACAUCGUACUCGCUGCCCGAUGCUUAUGCACUUGUACAAAUUCUUUCUAAGCCUACGACGUUACACCGACUCAACUCGCGCAGAUGGAUCGAGCCCAGGUAGUAUUGUCGUGUGCGCUCUCAUUGCCUCAAUUUCUCAUUGCUCUUCCUCCUCUUCUUCACCCGUGUCAAACUCACAGCAAAGAUGCGUCUGGUCGGCAGCCUCCUCACCCUCGCCACGCUCUGGCUCUUGGUAGCCGGAGAGGGCAGCAGUGCAGCGGCGCGCCUGCAAAAGUUGAGACAACAGCGUGAGGAUCGGCUUCGUGAGCAUUUCAAACGCCAUCAAGUGCAAACGCCAUCCGCACCGGUCCUGGAGAAGCGUGCAUCACCGUUCCUGAACUCCAAAUCAGAGCAGUUCGAGGUGAAUGGCAGUGCGUUGCCCGACGUCGAUUUUGAUGUCGGAGAGAGCUACGCCGGCCUGCUACCCAUCUCCGACCAUCCCGACGAAACCCGCCAGCUGUACUUUUGGUUUUUCCCCUCCAUCAACCAGACGGUCUCGCAAAAUGAAAUCACCAUCUGGCUGCAAGGUGGGCCAGGCUCUGCAUCCACCGGCGGACUGCUCCUCGAAAAUGGCCCCCUCCUCUCCCAACCGGGCACGGUCAAGCCAUACCCCAACGCCUUUUCGUGGAAUAACCUCACCAACAUCGUGUGGGUGGACCAGCCUGUCGGCACGGGCUUCUCAGUGGGCACACCCAACGUGACCAACGACUACCAAGUCGCCGACCAGUUCAUGGGCUUCUUCAAGAACUUCAUCGACACCUUUGCCAUGCAAGGCUACAAAGUGUACCUGACCGGCGAGUCGUUUGCAGGCUACUACAUCCCGUACAUCGCGAACGGUUUCAUCGAAGCGAACGACACCGAGUACUUCAACUUCAAGGGCGCCGCCAUCAACGACCCGAUCAUCGGAAAUACAGUCAUUCAGUUCCAAAGCGUGGCAAUGCAGUAUGUCAAUACCUGGGCCAACGUGUUUGGCUUCACUCCCGCCGUCCUGGCAAGCCUCAACGCGCAGAAUGAAAAGUGCGGCUACGCGGACUAUGUCAACAAGUACCUCACCUUCCCACCCCCUCCAGCACCCUUCCCGGGGCCUUUUGGGAACAAGGCUUUCGGGGAGACGGGGCCGAACGACUGCAACAUCCAAGACGACAUUCUCAACGCAGUGUCCCUGCUGAACCCCUGCUUCAACGAAGACCACAUCUUCGACACCUGCCCAAUUCCAUACACCCUACUUGGUGCCGGCUUCCUGGCAGACUUCAACCCUUCGGGGCCAGCAGUGUGGUACAAUCGACCCGACGUCAAAGCCGCGCUGCACGCCCCCAACAUAACAUGGGAGUUUAUUACCAGCAACAAUAUCUACGUAGGCCCCAACACCACGUUCGAACUGCAAGACGGCGACGACUCGUUCCCGCCCGCUCAAAUUGGAAUCGUCAGUCGCAUGAUCGAAGCAACAAACAACAUCAUCGUCGGCGUAGGCGGACUGGACUUCCAGCUGCCAGCCAAUGGGACACUCCUCGUCUUCCAAAACAUGACGUGGAACGGCGGACAAGGCUUCUCAGCCUUCCCGAAUGAGACCCUCUUCGUCCCGAACUACCCGCAAGGCGUCGACGGCCAGCUGACCGGCGUGGGCGACAUGGGCACCUGGACUUCCGAGCGCGGCUUCACGUUCUACAUCAGCCAUUGGGCAGGCCAUGAAGACCCCUGGUACACUCCCGGCGUCGCCUAUCGCGUGGUGCAGACGAUGUUGGGUCGCAUACCCAAUCUCAGCGAUAAGGGAGACUUUUAGUCGGAUUUAUCGAGCCUACGAGCCAGUGUGCUUCUUAUCGAGGCGGGAGGGCGGAUCAAGACGCACUUCUCGGCGCCGGUGCAGCGGAGAGUGGAGACGACGACGUUACCAUCGUGUGAUUCGAGCGGUGGGAUCUGCGGAGAGUCGCUCACCUGGCUCGUAGAUAGAGGCUCGUGAGAUAUCUUGCCCAAUUCGAGUAAUGUAGUCCUAGCAGCACACUCGGCUAGCCUCACGUGAUAUGCAGCAGGUCUAACCGUGCCAAUUUCCCCGCACGAGGCCCCACUGUCCUGUGCUUGGGCGACAACCGGGCAUGCUUC